GUGCAAAUAGAAAUGACGGGUGCUAGGAUGGAGUGCUGGCAUUCCCCCGUGCCCAUCCCACCCGACUGUCAGUGCAGGGAAGAGCUGUUGUUCUGCGCUGCAGUAACCGUUGUCAUUUCUCCUGGCUCCCCGGUUCUCACUGGAUUCCCUCCCCAGAAGGGCUGCAGCCCCUGGGUGCUCCCUGCACACCGCUGCCCUUUGGCCCAGCACACUUUGUGUUUCCUUCAGUGCACAACCUCAGCAGAUGCACAAGCUCCUCGGCAUGUGCUUUGUGCCCUUUUUCCUCCCCAGCUCGAGCUGGGAGAGAUUCAACUCUCUGUCCUUGGCGAGUUGAAGCGUCUGUUGAGCACGACAGGAGGAAGAUGCGGAAGGGGGAUGCGGGAUCCACGCUGCUCCCUGGAAGAGGCAUAUUAAUAACACCGAUGCACGGCCAAUUAGCAGAAGGAGCCAGGUCCAGCCCUCGUGUCUGCAUCCUAGUGAUUUAUCGGCAGUAAUUACCGAGGCACUCAGCGCUGAGUUUGGAUGGGAAUUAAUUCGAGGCCGGAUAAAUAAUGCAUGACGGUUUAUUUAGCCCCACGUGAAGCGUCGCCCCCGAGCCAGAGCUGGGAGCCGAGCGAGGUGGCGGAGGGCGGCGGCCGGGCCCGGGGCCGCCCGCUGAGGCGAGGCGAGGUGAGGCUGCCGGCAGGGAGGGAGCAUGCUGAGCCCCCGGAUCCGGCAGGCCCGGCGAGCCCGAUCAAAGAGUUUGGUGAUGGGUGAACAGAUUGGGCCUCCCUCUAGACCUUCCUCUCCUAACCCUCAAGAACGCGUGCUGAAGUGUGGCUGGCUGAAGAAACAGAGGAGCAUUAUGAAGAACUGGCAGCAGCGGUGGUUUGUGCUACGUGGGGACCAGCUCUUUUAUUAUAAGGAUGAGGAAGAAACUAAACCUCAGGGUCUCAUUCUACUGCAAGGCAAUCAAGUGAACGAGCUGCCACCUAAUCCUGAUGAACCAGGAAAGCAUCUUUUUGAAAUUGCCCCAGGUGGAGCAGGCGACCGGGAAAAGAUGCCUGUCAAUCAUGAAGCUUUCCUGCUUAUGGCUAAUUCCCAGAAUGAAAUGGAAGAUUGGGUGAAAGCCAUCCGACGGGUUAUAUGGGCUCCAUUUGGUGGAGGUAUUGCAAAUAGCUCACAUGCACAUAAAUUAAAACAUUUGCCUCAAGGGAUCUUUGGACAGCGAUUAGAGGACACCGUACAGUAUGAGAGGAAGUAUGGCCAGCGCUUGGCACCCCUGCUGGUGGAACAGUGUGUGGAUUUUAUUCGGGAGCGAGGUCUUACAGAGGAGGGGCUCUUUCGGAUGCCUGGCCAAGCCAACCUUGUCAAAGAUCUGCAGGAUUCUUUUGACUGUGGAGAGAAGCCCCUCUUUGACAGCAACACGGAUGUUCACACUGUGGCGUCCCUCCUGAAGCUUUACCUUCGAGAGCUGCCAGAGCCUGUCAUCCCCUUUGCCAAAUAUGAAGACUUUCUUUCUUGUGGACAGCUACUCUCAAAAGAUGAGGGAGAGGGUACACAGGAACUGGUUAAACAGGUGAAGAAUUUGCCCCAAGCCAACUACAACCUCCUGAAAUACAUAUGCAAGGGGGGCUUUUCAAGGUUCCUUGAUGAAGUUCAGGCUCACUCCAGCAUUAACAAGAUGAGUGUCCAGAACCUGGCUACAGUAUUUGGACCAAAUAUAUUACGACCCAAAAUGGAAGAUCCCGUGACCAUGAUGGAAGGCACCUCCUUGGUGCAGCACCUGAUGACAGUGCUGAUAAGUGAGCAGGGCCGAAUCUUUGCUGUUCCUCAGGCAGAUGUGCCAGGGAGCCAGCUGGAAAUCAGACCCGUGCGUCCCCGCAACACUGUGGAGUGGAUCUCCGAAGAGGAUGGGGAGGACAGGUCAGAAAGCUGCGUUCCCAGCCCUGCUGAUUCGCCCUCUGGCAAUGCUGUAGCACCAGAGGCCACCCCUGGACCCGUGGUGAAAAACACCUCUCCAGAGCGCAGCGGCAAAUUGACUCAGCCUGCCACCAGCCCCAGCAAAAGGGUGCAGACUCUGCCUCCAUGGAAAUACUCCUUCCGCCAGCCGGGAGCACGGUCUGUGAGUCCAAAGCUGGGCAGCUCAUCCUUAGAUAUCCCCAACCUUUCCUCCAGUGGGAACUGGCUGAUGAACGGACUGUACUCGCUCCGAGGCCACCGCCGGACAGCCUCUGGGGAACGCGUUAAAGACUCAUGUUCUUCCCAAAGACUCUCUACUUAUGACAACGUCCCUUCGUCCAGCCUCUCCCUUAGCACACACAGCAUGGCCAGCACCACGUGGUCAACAUCAUCGUGUGAGAUCUCCGUGGUGGACUCGGUCAGCAGCUGCCCAGCCUGUCGGGCCAGUGACUCCUCAGCUUUAAGCUCUCUCCAGACCGAGUGGAUGACUCAGGGCUCGCUGUCUCAGAGUGAGGUCAAGACUGCAGAUCUGGAGAACAGCAUCGACAGGUUUGACGCUUGCAGCAGCAGCAGCGAACAGAGCAACCCAGCUGCAGCUUCCAGAGACUCUGUCAAAUGCUCUAGAGCCUUACAGAGCUUGGUGGUGGAGCUAAAGACAGAACUGAGCAAGCAGAGGACUGAGUACGAGACCAGUAUCAAAAGAAUUGAAGAAACAAGUUCAGACCUGAGGAAGCAAGUGGUUAGGCUAGAAGAAGAACUGGACCAAGAACGAAAGAAAUACACAAUGCUGGAGAUAAAGCUGCGGAAUUCUGAACGUGCUCGUGAAGAUGCUGAGAAGAGAAAUCACCUCCUGCAGAAGGAAAUGGAAGAGUUUUUUUCAACAUUAGGAUGUUUAACUGUUGGGAGUCGAAGUGCUAAAGUCCCCAAAUAGAAAGAGCUUUUGUACAGCAUAGAAAAUUCUAUUUCUGGCAAAACCACUGAAAAGGCGCAUUUUGUUAUGGUGUACUCAUGUAUCAUGAGUAAUUCUACAGUGAUCGUGCUCUCGGUGACACUUACUCUGUUGUUUUUACAUGUGCUGUAGUACUUGGGCAAGCCGGAAAAGACUGCAAAACAUAAUGCUUGGAAGUUUAGAUACCAGCUUACCCGGAAAAAGUGGGCACACUUUUUAUCCACAAGUCAGAAGGUACUGUUCUACGUAGCUGUACUGUUGCCAUCUUUGGAUUUGCUUGCAGCAUCCUUUUGCUGGUUCAAGGACAAUGGAAAGGUGUGCAAGGUGGGUGAGGUGGCCAGAAGCGCAUUUGGGAAGUUUGCAGUUCUAGGACGUCACCACAUUCAGUGUGAUUUAGGAUAUGGAUUUAACAUGAGGGUUUUUUUCCUCCCCACUCUCUUCAUAAAGUUUGUUCAGAUUUCUCAUUCUUGGAAGUGGCGUUAUUUUAUCAAGAUGCUUUGAAAAAGAAUGUCUACCGAAUAGCAGAAAAUACCAGAAAUUCUGACAAUUCACUAAAGUUAUCCCUUAGAUACUGAACAGUUCUACUACUUCAUAAAAAUAUGACUUAUUAAAGUGUAUGUGAUUAACUGUCAGAUUAGCCACAUAAACUCCAUGGAACUUUAAAUAUGCAUAUUUGGCCGGUUAUCUUAUUCUUAUUUUGAGCCAAAAAUAGUAUUAGCUGCAAGAAAAAAAAAAAAAAGCUGAUAUAUACUGAUCAGACAUCAAGUUCAGAAAAAAAAGACUCGUAUCAUCAAAACACAUCCAACUGAUGAAGGUUUUUAUAUAUGAAACCUUACUAGCAGUAUAUAUGGUAAUUUGGUAGAAAAAAUGGUAAAUUGAUGCAGUUAGUGCUGGAAAAGGGUUGGAUCUACCUUUAACCUUCACAGAACAAUUUACUUCUAGAUUGUUUGUCAUACCUCUUGUGACCCCAAUUGAUUUUUUUUAUUGUUAGUUCAUGAAAAUAUUACAGGACAGAAGGAGAACUGCAAACAACCCAGUAGCCUAAGUUCACUACUUCUGCUAAAAGAACAGACAUCAUUAGAAUGAAGUUGUAAUUUCCAGUAAUUAGCUGUCGGUGCUCACUUCCCUUCAAGGGACUUACUUGAGAAGUUCUGCAUAACAUUUGUAGUGCCCUAAGCUACGCAGAACCUGCACACAGAAAUUGUAUCACUAGAUUCAUCUUGAGCUCUGCUUGCCAGCCUCAGCACUCACCACAUUAUUUGUUCUCUUUGACAGCUGAGGUAGCUUGGGAGUUUCAAGGAGGAAGAUUUUUAACAGGAAAGUACCACAACAUGAACUGGCUAAGACAAAAGUACAGACCGUAGUGAAAGUGCUUGCUUUAACUAUUUUUCUUUAAAUGACCUGAAACUGACAUAUUUUCUUACUAAAGAAGAAUAUAACUCAUCAUCUGGAAAUAACCUUGGAAUUUUUUUUUUUUUUUUUUUUUUUUAAAUACCAGCAGAUUGCACACCUUUUAGUACUGACUUUCUCCUUAUCUCACAGAUAUCCAUGUUUUAAUAGAUGUUACCCUUUUCUGUCACUAUAGUGCUUCUCCUUUCUACAGACAUGUAAACCAUUUAAAGUGAGCAAAGAAAAAACGUAUUUACCUAAUAUUUCCUAGUUAUAGCAAGUCAAACAAAGUGGUCAAAUAAAACUAAGCAGUUCAGUUAUUUCAAAACAUUUUCCCUUCCCUCCAGAAUAUCCAGCUGCGCUGCAUUCUUUACUACCCCUGCUGUCAAGCAGCAUGGCACAUUCCUGACUGUUCAACAGGAGCAGCCUGCCCCCUGCAGGCACCAGCAGUAGCCUUACCCCUGUGUUAAUGAUCACAACCUUCCAGGGUGUUAUUACUAAUCACAACUGAUCAACAACUUACAGGAACACAACUGAAUCUACAAGAAAGACAAUGGCUUUUUUAAAACAACAGCAUUAAGAUGCAUAAUGUGAGUAGCAACCCCUGUUGUAACAAUGAUUUUCAGCUGGAAUGGCACAGUGAGUUGAGGCAGCACCGAGUACAAUCACAGUCCUCACAAAAUAAACCUCAAUAUUAGAGCAUUGCCUGAACUGAGCUGUAAUUCCUUGUAAGUAGAACACCAGGACUGGUAAAAAGUGACAGCUUGUACUAUCUGGGACAUUCAAUCCAAAGUAAUAGCAAGUAGGCUACUUUAAUACCCUUUUAUUUUUACCCCCCAGCGCAGGUCCCUUUCAUUACAUCCAUCCUCCUGACAGCCCCCAUCCCUUAGACUAUUUAUACUGCAUUAGUUCCUGGAUGUUCCAAGUGCAGACUACUUGCUUUAGUUCUGGCAACGCUACAACCAGCCAUGCUGACAGGGAGCCUAAAACAGGUAUGUGAGGUAAGGAGGGGAAGCACGACAUAAACUGCAUGGCUAGCUCUCAGUGAAAUCAAAUGAAUAAUUCUAAAUAUUCUUUAGGCAGUCAGAAUACUAGACAACAUAUAUAUACACAUAUAUAUAGCUGGACUGGGAACCAAACCCACCUAUUCCAUUCCACUGUAAGAGCAUCUGUUAACUAUGUCGCAUUCUACAUGAUAUUAAUCUGGCAGACACGAUAAAAUUCAUUCCUGCUUUCAGUUUCACAAAUCAAACUGUGUCCACUCAAAGUGAUUAAUGGAACUAACCUUUUUUUUUUUUUUCAGUUGACUGUUGUGCUCCAGAAACAUCUAUUCCUCUUCUUCAUGAGUAAUAAAUUUCAGGUCAUUUUGAAGAUGAGCCUCUGCAGUAAGUGAAGGCUGCAAGAUGUUGCAAACUAUUAAGUUCAUGCUAAGACACACCAUGAUGGGAUAUAAACUCUAAAGCACCAUAACAGACACAUUAUGUUAAUUUUCUCUCAUGAGCAAUUAUGCAAGAAAUGGGAAUACACUUGUGAUGUUGGACACAACCUCAUGGAUCACUGUGUCCUUAUUUGAGGACGAUAUAUUCACUUUACUAACUAAUGCCUGUUUCUCUACACUUCAUGUGUCUACCUCAUGGAUAUAAGACCACUCCUUAUUUUACAGACUUCUAGGUUAUUCCAGCCCCCACCCCCAAUUUAAAUACCAGCUUUAGCAAGAGUUUACAAGAUUCAGGUUUGUUAGUUCUAAUAAGACAUGAAGAAAGGCUGCUGGCAUCAGGUAUCUAAAUUUUAGCAAAAUUUUCCCAGCCAGGAACAUCCCUUCCAAUAUUAUGCAGCCAAAA